GUUAGCGGGCUCUUGCGAUCCAUCCGACCCGAAGUGGAGUUAGCGGGAAAUUCAAAUUACAAAUCCAAGCAGGAGCCAGAGCUGGGCACGCCAGAGACUUUGGAGGGACAGAGAUGGGGGAGCGGUGGCCGCGGCAGCAGCAGCAGCAGCAGCAGCAGCACCCGGCGGUGAACGACGUGACGGCGGUGCUGAGCAAAGCCAGCCGCGACCUCGGCGUCGUCCGGCGCCACCUCGAACUCGAAUUCCGCCGCUCCUACCCUGAGCAUGUGAAUCCGUGCGAGGUCGUUGCCCGGAUCAAGACGAUCCAGGAGGAGCUGGUCUUGCUCAAGGAGCUCUGCCGCGAGCUCCUCGCGGAGAAACAGGAUCUGAUCGACAAAGCUAGGACAAGUUUGGUUUCGCAGAGGAGUUCGCUGCAACGGCUGCUCGCGUCGUCUGGCCUGCCGCUUAUGAGUGAAUCCGACGAAACCGCAUAUGCAAAUCUUAAUCAGAUUAUCGAUGAGUGGACUGCUCAAGUGAGGGCAAAGAAAGGGGACGAGGACGAUGCUGCUGAGGAUAUCAAUAAGAUGCUGUUCUCGGCAAUAGUUCAGAACAACUGAAAUUCUGAAAGAAGCAGCAGAGGAGAUGGAGCCUAACAAAGUGUGAUCUCUGUUGUUUCUGAAUCUUGCUGCACAUGUUGCCUGCAUCUGUAGCCUGGACCCUGGCAACUGCUUGAACUUUCCAUAGUUUAGUUGUGUCUCUUUCUUUUGUCGGUACGCCUAAUUGUGUGGAAAAUUCAAUUUUAUGAUAAAAGUUCCAGCAGUGUAAGUUUACAAACAGUGUGGGUUGAUUUCGCAUAGGUUGUUAGAGUGCUAAUCAACUGAUUGAAAAGUUUAAUCAUCAACCUUUUGAAUUGUCGCAAUUUCAGUCCUUUCUGGUAAAUUUCUUUGUUGAAAUGGUGUAAAUUAUCAAUCAGGAUGUAAAAUUUUCAUUCAAAUAAUUGGAUGGGUAAGUAUA